AUGGAGCUUGACGGGCAGUACGAGCGCAUCGUGCGUCUGAUCCCUGUGGACGCGCUCCAGUCGAGCUGCAAUAGCGUGAUACAGGAAGGAUUCUCCUCUAUAGACGCCGCAGUUAACGACGUGGCUUCAUCCUUCGCCAAGCUGAGGGAGGUGCGCGAUGCCGCCAACAGACUGCAGAAUGACGCACACGAUCACAGCUCCAGUCUUUUGGCAGCUCUGAGCGGCACGUUGAAGCUGCAACUGGAGCUGGAAGAUAAGUUGGAUCAAGUGCUGCGAGUGUCGAUGGAACAGAAGACUCGAAGGGAGAGAAGACGGCCACGUGAGGACAGACAAGUGAUUGCACAGAUAAAUAGUGGCUCGAAUUCAGACUCCAGCGAUGACUCGGAGUCGGAAGCCGAGUCGAGGUCUGCGUCGGAAGACGAAGACAAUGGUUUGGAAACUGGGAAAACUGCUGACAAGUUGGACAAAGCGAGUGGCCUGCGACGGAAGGAACUGUCGGAGGAUGAGUGCACUGGGAGCUCUUCAGGCGGCCUGUUCACGAAUCGCAGGACUUUGACAGCGCAACUGGAUCAGUCUGGUGCAACACGUGUAUUAAAUCUGUCGGCACCACCUCAAUCUGCAAGGCCGUCGCCAGUCGCAGGUGAAGUGACCACUAAUGAGGGGAAAACGAGCGAACAGUACUUGAAAAUGGCCAUUGAAGCGGACGAAAUGCCAGUUGUGGGAAGGCUUACUCGUAUACGAGGAGUCCUUCUCGAGCUGAGUGAGAUGUUGGAAACUCGUGGGACGGACGGAUUACGAGAGGAACAUGCCGUGAAUAUCUUGAAAUUGGUUGUUAAAUGGCCUAGGGAUCCCACUGAUCAGCGGGGUCUCCUCGACGCGCACAAGAGGUUUCUUAAAGGAAUGGGUGUCUAUGAACGCGGAGCCCAGAAUACAAAGUCGAAGGCCAGACUGAAGGGGUUGACUGACAAGCUUUCUCGUGUAAUACAAGGCUUGGACAAAUCAUCUUCUGAUGAAGAAGACGUCAGCGAUUCUGAUGGCACUUCUGAGCCAAUCCCGCGGAGACUCGAUGGCCGUGAAGAAGACCCUGCAGAUCAAAGUCCUUCGGUAUCCCAGGCUGGUGCCGAUCGUGAAUCUGUUCCACGCCCCUGUAAUAUGCUAUUGCCAACAUCUCAACGCCAAAGAGGCAAACCUCCAAGCUACUACAGACGUCUUGUUGAUAUGGUGAAGCGAGAGCCUUUGGCGCACAGGCCUUCAUCCAUGCCAUCCCUUCUAGUUGCGCUGAUCAGAGCAAUGGAGGAUGACGACUAUUCUGGUCAGCAGAAGUGGCAAAUUGUCGAAUCAAUUGGUCAAGUCGUGGAGUGGAUCACAGAGGGAUUAUCCUUCAAAAUCCAUUUGAGUACUUACCGUCGGUGUGCCGAUGCACUGAUAUCCUACGCGAGGCAGCAUCAACAAACUAAGCCACUCCAGAGGGUUGCCGACAAUUUUUCCAGUGCUAUUUGUCAUUCUAGCUCGCGUUAUUUAUCUUCCAUCGACCAGCGUCCUCCCCGCUUGGCCGGCACAUCGGAGCUUCCAAGUGUAAUUAAGUCUCCCUCUGGUUCUGUACCAUCUAGAGGACCAGAUGCCGACCAAGUAACUCACAGCCAUCAGCCACAUUUUUCUAGGCUUGUGGCUGAGUUGGCCACCUCGCCGAAUGUCGCCGGAUCCCAGCGUAUCGUGGACGUGGUGGCCGCCUUCAAAACGUCGAUAUCAGGCGACAGCGAGGGCCGAUACUUGCUAGCGGUAACGGAGGCAGUGGAAAAGGUGCUAGGAUGGAUUCACCGAGAUCCUCGUGGGCUGGAGCUCUUCCGGCUGUAUGGAUCAUUAUUCAAGACCUUAAGUGCGUAUUCGACGCGUCUGCAGAGCGAAACAAAGACCGCCCAACUGGACAGGUUACUGAUUGGAAUGUCAGAGGCAUUGCUGAAGCCGCCAAGUCCAAGCUCUAUCCUCGUCGAGGAUUCCAAGACGUCAGGUCCGACUGAAGAAAGGGAGCAGUCAACUGAUUUGAUGACAAAGACUGCUGAUGUGCCACACCUCGUGACAUCCGACUCAGACACCAGCUCCACGUCUGGCUCAGAGUCUGAGUCCGAUUUUGAAGAUGAAAAAGAGGCGAUGGGUGGGAGCCAAGCUGCUUGGAACGCGAUAAUGGCAGCAGCCAAUAAUGCUUGA